AUGAAGACUGCGACACAGACGACCACUACACCGAAGGGUAGGUGCAUUAUGCAAAAUAUUAGUUGAAGGCGGCCUGCCACCUAAGGGAAGUCUAACUUAGGAUAGACGUAAAUCUGCCUGUAAGAUGUUUAUUUCAAGUAGAUAAAACGUGUUCUUGUCCAAGAUGUAAGUCUUCUUGACGCAGUUAACAUCAAACAAUGUUUAGCUGUGAGGUUGUCCGAAAGGGCUGAGAACACUGCUUGCUAAAAACCAUUGAAGCUCUGUUUGAAUUACCUCGGCCUCAGUUAGGAGUUCUGAAAUUUAAAGUUCCUUUCCUGGAACAAAGAAGUAGACGGAAGUGUUUUGACAUUCAUAUUUGUUACUCUUCAGACCCCUGUUAUAACGUGUUUUGCACCAAAGGUCGCAUGUGUGUUGUAAACACGGAUCGUUCAACGACAUGUGUGUGCCCAGAAGUGUGCCCAGAUGAUUACAAACCUGUCUGCAGCGUCUACCUCCGAGAAUUCAACAACACGUGCAAACUGCACAAAUUCGCUUGUCGAAUUGGCAUCAUGAUGGGAAUCGAAAAGACGGGAAAAUGCGAUUUAAAAGGUGUGUAUUUAGCAAACAAGAUCCGCAUGUCGAGAAAGGUUGUUGGAAAAAGUGCACGCGACAAUCCCGAAAGGUGAUAUAAGAUAUAAUCAAUACACUCUUUCUUGACACUGUAGCUGUCGAACCUAAUUUUGUUGCUUUUCUUUAGCACUCGCAACAAACCGUCCACGGUCUCUCGUGCCAUUUUUUUAAUUUUCUUUGAAAAACAGUGAAAUCAAAACCACCCAAAACACCUUUCUGGAAUGUCGCGUGCACAUUUUCCGACAACCCUUCUCGAAAUAGCUGUAUACUACAGAGGGACCUCGCUCUGCGAACACACGCUUAAUACGGACACCGGCCGUGUAUAACAGAUACUUUCGUUUGUCUCGACGAAAAGUUCAGAAAUGUUUUCUAAAAUUAACCCGCGUAAUACGGACAAUGGACACUUUUCUGUGUCCCGAGUCACAAACUCUCAUAUGUCGUCAACCCCUCUUUACGGACACUGGUUUAACUGCGCACUGUCUAUUUUCAUUGUCACAAUCAGGAGCUAAUUGUAAACAUUGUACUCAGUUAAAAUGAUGACAGGUUUCUGUGAGGUUAAACGAUUUUAUAGCUUAAAACAGUAGUAAAAUAGUGUGACAUGCUUCCUUGUUCUACCGUUCUCUUUCCUCUUUAAGAUCAAUAAAUCAGGUGUCGGUUACGUUUUUCUGACAGCCCGCUUAAUACGGACACCCGGAUCAUAAAUACGGACACUAUGGUAUAUCCUCUCAGUGUCCGUAUUAACUGUAGUCCUGAAGUCAGCUGCAAAGACAGCCUCUUCACUCUGAGCCCCCUACUCCAACGGGGCAGCAUAACCUUUAUUUUUCAUUUCAAGUGCUUAUAACUUAGAAACGAGAUCUGUGAACACCACGUUUAUUAUUGCGAAGCAACCGGUUGAGAAUAUACGAAACUUUAAUUUAAAGUGGCUCGUCGAUGGACUUUGAUAAUUGACUGUGAGCAGUCUAUUCUCAACCCACUAGACAGAAAUUCUUCACUGCCGAUUACAGGUCAAUAAUUAGAAAAUCGAAGUUACCGAACUUUCUUUUAGUUACAAACGUUGGAUGCUACAGUUAAGGGUGUUAUAGGUUAUGACGUUGCUAUGGUAGCCUGUAAUCAUUAAAUUUAAAAUGUGUCAUUAUAACUCUCUCGCUUAUCAUUUAGAAUGUGGUUGGUACUAUGGUUGUCGCGUCAAUCAAAACACGUUGGAGUAGGUUGUAUAGUAUUCAUCUAUGAAAGCAGAAGUGCUAACAAAUGAUGGAAAUCGAUCAUUUUAUUUUAUUUCAUUGUUUAAUUUUAUUUUUUAUUUUUUGGCAGACACUGAAUUGGCGCCAUGCUCAGUCUCACGCCUUCUCCAAUUUCACGAUCGAUACCUUGCGUACCUCAUAGCUGCAAGAGAGCAGGAAAUGUACCCGGAUUUCCAGGUUGAGACUUGGGCAUACGAGGACCGGGAGGAAAUUAUUGCGGUAAAUUUGAUCCCUUUUUCCUCUAGCGUCCGUCCCUCUGCUUAGCAACGUGCAUUAGCUUUUCUGUACAAAACUUCUGCCUAAACUUGUUAUCAACAGGAGGCGGUUUUUUUUUGCCCUUCACAAAAUCAAUGAUUUAUCCACCAACGAUUAUGAUAUUUUAUCUUUCUUCUUCUGAUUUGCCCCUUACAAUGCUGCGUUCCAGUUUCAGUCAGAGUUGGACACGCGAUGUUGCGUGAGUAGAGCUUGAAAUAAGACAUAUGAUCAAGCGUCCUUACGUUUCUCGGUCAGUUUUGUCAACUGAAAGGGAUAAGUGCGGGACCCANAAUGAUUUAUCCACCAACGAUUAUGAUAUUUUAUCUUUCUUCUUCUGAUUUGCCCCUUACAAUGCUGCGUUCCAGUUUCAGUCAGAGUUGGACACGCGAUGUUGCGUGAGUAGAGCUUGAAAUAAGACAUAUGAUCAAGCGUCCUUACGUUUCUCGGUCAGUUUUGUCAACUGAAAGGGAUAAGUGCGGGACCCACGAUGAUAGUCUGCGAGCCCUGGUGAUGGCUAAACAAGCUGCGCGAACUCUAUAUCCUCCAAAUGGAGAGCCUGCUCACAGGCUACCAAUGAAUGAUCACUUGGCCUUUUUUUUGGAUGGAGGAGUGGUGAUCUUUACGAGACCUUAUUCGUAGGCUAAUCACACUUUAAACACUUUUAAAACAUCCUAUGAACCGGCUAUGCUACGUUAAAAGGAAGUACUUCCAAGGUUUUCAUAUCCAGUAUUGUGUAACCGGGUUCAAUGUUUUCAUUUUAGUGGGAGUUUAAUAAGCGGGAUACAAACGGGGAUGAUAUACUGGACGAAGACGAGAUUGGCAGAAUGAUUAUCCCGGAAGAAGACUGCAUGAUGGGCUUUUUGAAGUCAUGUGAUUACGACCAUAAACCCGGAAUCAGCAAAAAAGAAUGGAGCACGUGUUUCCCACCGAUUGUGCGUGGUAAGUGCGCAUGCGCUAGACUGCGGAGUAAGUCGAUCAUACCAGCCUCUUCUUGUAUCCCUAUUUUAUUUUUUUGUGAAUGUAACUCUCAUCCGCAGCUCACAUACGACAGAACAACAACAACAACAUUUUAUUUCGCUUUUAAAAUAAAAAUAUCCUAAACAUUGACAACCCGCAGUUAGCAUAGUUAAUCGAGGCGGGUUGUCAGAAAUAAGAACAAAAAUAGUAAAAACACUAAACAUAUUUAUCAUCUUCCACGUAAUCAUAAAGCCUUUUAGUCGUUCUUUCUUCACUUUUCUUCGUUGGUUCGUUCUUAUACCCGUCGGACGAAUUUAGGUUUCUGGGCAACUGACCUCGUACCCCUCCCCUAAGCCAACAUUUUUUCGCUUAGUGAGAAGUAAGUGAUAAUGUUGGCUUAGGGGAGGGGUAGGUGGUCAGUUUCCCAGAAGCCUAAAUUGAUCCCACCUGUCCGGGCCUAGCCUGCGUCGCAGACGUAAUCUAACCCCGGUUAGUAACAUCUGCUAAGCAGCACUGAUAUCCUUGUUUUUGCCCCUCAACGGACUCAAGGAAUUACCGGAAAUGCGUUUCAAAUUUUCUCUCAACCUGAUUGGCAAAUCAACAAUGGCUUUCUUAACAGGCCAAUCAUGGUGCGUACUCAAAUCCUGGUACACAGGCGGGACCCCAGAACAUGAGUUUCGGCGCUGUUUCGCGGACGGACUUAACCAGAACUGUAUUUCCGUCUGUGACGCAGGCUAGCCCGGUCCCAGCCUUUCCUGCUUUGGACUUAGUCAUGUACAUCAUCAAACUCGGUAACCACGGUUGAGUCCUAUUCCGCGAACCAACAAUAAUCCGCAACACGAACAGAAGACACGCCAGUUUUUGAGGAAGCAGGGAACGUCUGCACGCAGGCCACUCUUGUUGUUGUACUAACCAUUUCCUUGUUUUUUUUUUUCCACAGCACUUAGCGAAGAGGACUUGGAAUCUUAAAGAAUAAAUGUGGAAAA